GAGAAACCCCUCAAAACCCUCUCCUCUCCUCCCGCCGGCGAGCGACACGAGACCCCCUCGGCGGCGGCGGCGAUCAGGACCGGAUCCUCACCGGCGUCUCUCUCCUGUUCAUUUGCAGGAACAAAGCAGUGAAAAUGAACUACCACAUCAGGUUUGAGGAUGGCUGGAAGAUCCUGGAACAGGGGAUUGUGAAAUGCUCAAAGAUUUUGGAGGAUUGCCCUUGUGCAAGGCCCACUGUGGCCGAGUACAUGAGUUACUAUGAGUAUGCUUCUAUCGUUGCACUAUGCAUUAUGCAGCUCUCAAUUAUCCAUGAGGUAUUCAAAACUUGCCUCUCAUCAUACAUUUGUCUACCUUUUUCUAGCUGUUCUUACCGAAUGGCUGUGCAGAAAGACCAGUAUUGUCAAGAGAUGUACAAUGGUUACAAAAUAACACUUGAAGAUUGUGUCCGUGCAAUGGUUUUACCCCGUCUGAUGCACAAGCGAAAUGAAUGCUUUUUGAGAGAGCUUGUCAAAAUGUGGUCAAACUAUUGUGUCAUGGUUAAAUAUACAACUGGUUUCUUUGCCUAUUUGGACCGCUGCUUUGUUGUCCAGAGGAGACUACCUUCGCUUGAAGACACUGCUGCUACUUCUUUCUUUUCUCCAGUCUUUUCCUACUUCAAUAAUGAAAUAUCAGAUGUUCUACUGACCCUGAUUCGCCAAGAGCGUGAUGGAUGCAAUGUUGAUAUGGACCUUUUGAUGGGUAUUAUGCGUGGCAUUUGUCGUUCUGAAGUCAAAACCAUACUGAAAAGUGCUGUUGUUCAAGAUACGUACUUUUACUAUUCCAGGAAAAGUAUGGAAUGGAUUGUGCAAUACCCUUUACAAGAUUACCUUGCUAAGGUCCAGGAAACUAUGGAGAAGGAAACCAAGAGACUGAUUCAUUAUCUGUGUAUUUCUGAGGAAGAGAGUUCAGACCUAUGUUUGAAGGCUGUUAGUGCUUCAUUGAUGCAAACUUAUGAAAGCUAUACGAAAGAGAAACGUAUCUGUGGUCAAGAUUUGCUUCAAACAUACAAGACUGUAGAGGAGGAGCUUCUGGCCAGAUGCAGUCGCUUGACAAUCGACAAUAGCCGCGGCAACAAUUCUUUGCGUCACAUGAAGUAGUAACAUAGCAUUAGCUAACAUCCUACCUACAAACCGUUAUUACAUAUAGGAGAGUUUUAGAACAUGUUCUACAUGAACUAGAACUUUUGGUACAGAUAGUUUUGGCGAUGUAUAGAGCUUGUUGACCUAUGAUGGAUCUCAUUGGCAAGAUUCUGGCACGCUAUACUAAAUCCACAAGGUUUUUUUUUUCUUCGGGGACACAAGAUGUACAUCUUAGAGGCGCUCGUAAUGUACAGAAUGUUAGAUCCAUUUAUAUCUGCAGCAUUACGUAUCCAGUUUACUGCCAUCUACUCGCAUAUAUUAGCUUGAGUCCAUUCGCCUGUCCACAUGAAAAGUUUGUGG